AAUUAUAGUUGACCCUCACUCUGAACUUUAAAUACGCCGCGAUCAAUACAAAGUUAUAAUAUAGAACAUACAAGUAUACAUUUUUACAGAAGAAAAAUGACGGAGAAAGCCUAUAGCAAAGGUACAGAAUUCCCGCCUUUGGGAGAUGGAAAGUUGCGACUCUAUAGCAUGCGAUUAUGCCCGUAUGCACAAAGAACAAGAAUUCUGCUAGCUCACAAAAAGAUUCCCUACGAAACAGUCAACAUUAAUUUGAAAGAAAAACCGGAAUGGUUUCUGGAGAGAAAUCCUCUUGGUAUGGUUCCGGUUCUAGAGCAAGAUGGGAAAGUCAUUUACGAAUCUGCUAUCUGUAAUGAAUACUUAGAAGAUAUUAACAAACAGAAUAGUGUCACGCCAACAGACCCUUACAGACGGGCAAGAGACAAGAUUCUUCUGGAAAUGAACAGCAAGUUUACUACGGCCUAUUACAAAGCUUUAAUGAGCCUGAAAGGAGAAGAUGCUAAAAGUACAAUUGAGGCUGUUCACACAAGUUUAGUUCCUUUGGAAAAGGCUAUUGUAGAGAGAGGAAAUUUUUAUGGAGGUGAGAAACCAUCUAUGUUAGACUUUUUGUUAUAUCCACACUACGAGAGAAUAGAAGCAAUAAGAACGGGUUUCCAUGCUGAUCUUAUGCCAAUGGACAAAUUUCCCAAGCUAAAUGCUUGGGUUUCACGGAUGCAGACUGUGCCAGCAGUCAAGGAGACAAUGUUUGAUACACAAACCCACAUUGGUUUUUAUAAAUCAUACGGAUCUGGAAAAACAGAUUAUGACAUUGGAUUAAAAUAAACUUUUGUAUUUCUGAGACAAUUUUAUAUAUAUCUAUAUAUUCAAUAUCAUUUUAUAUUUUAUGAAAGAAGAUCUGCAAGUUGUUAUUGACCAGAACAUUUUACAUUAGUAAUAUAUGUUACUUAAUGACGAAAUAAGUUACUUUAUGACGAAAUAAUUUAAUUUUGGAUGUAACGCGUCUUCUGAUUGGCUGACGUUGUUUUGUUUAUCAGCUCAUAGACAUAAUUUGUAUGCAUUUUAUACAAGUGAGAUAACCCUAACGGUUGACUGGGGUAUUACAAUAUAGUCGUGUCCGGACUCCAUCCGUUCCGACAGAAAAUAAACUUAAGUGUGGCGUCUGUUUGACUGUGCGGGAUGUAUGAAUAUGCAGCCACGUCGGAAUGGGGAAACUGAACCCGAUGCCUAGUGUAGGGAGUGUACCUCGUUCUUUACGUUAAGGAACCUCGCAAUACUCUUUCAGGGGUCCGUAUGUGAAAUGUUGAAAGGUACAAUUUCAGUCCCUAUCCAUCAUACCCAUACACAUUUUCCAGCGGCAGUCUUAAAUUUACAUCUCUUCAUCCCGGUCGACCUGCCUUGCAGCAUCUAUGUAUUGUGCUUAUGUUAAUUUGUUCUCGUUCUGAAUAUGUAAUAAGUAAUUAACAGUGGUCGUUAAACAGGCAAUAAUCAACCAAUACAGGUCAGGAAUCGUGUUGUCAUGUGUGUUCAAUAACAGAACAUAUCAUUUGUUUUGAUACAAUAAAUGAAUGUGUUACGUACA